AUGCUGACCCUGCUUUUUCCCAUUAGCACCAGGGCAGACAUAGUAUCGGCGAGUCAAGCUGCGUUUCCCCCUAUUGCAACCGCAACUCAGCCGGCCGCAGGCGGUUGUGCAUGCCUCUCUGUUCUUUAUCUUCUCCUCGAGCACCUUCGAGUCAAAGACCAGCUGACGGCCCCGAACGACUUUGCCCUCUUGAGAAGUACUAUCGAGUCGGCAUCUGAGGUCCUUACGUGUCAGAAGUGUCCGUUGCGAUACUUUUCCAUCGUCCAGAAUGCGGCGUUACUCGGAGUACUGUGCCUAUGCGUCGCAGAAUCGUAUCAUAGAAUCGUGAGGUCGAUCGACGAGGAGGAGAAGCGAGCCUCAGAAGCAGGCGAGAAGAAACAACUUGGCAUACACAAUGGUGCCGAUCAGGCUAAUCAGCCUUCCCUGGCUACCGUCUCCCCGCUCUUUCAGGUAGAAGUGUCCCCGACUCAAUGGGGAAGCAUGAUGCGAAAUCUAGUAAAAGCAGAGGUCUUUGGUAUCGAGGGGCAGCGGGACAAAUGUCUGCAAGGCUUCAUCUCACGGCUUGAGCAACGCCAGCGGCGAUGGCAUCAGACGCCACCUGCUCCAGAUUGUCCACCGAGCUAUCGCUCGCUCUGUGGUUCGUCAGACCGGGAGCCGACCUGCCUCAAGCUCAUUGAUAAUUCGAAGCGACUCAUUGGCCUACUUGAGGUGUAG